GUACUCGUUUGUUUAUGCUACUGUUGCAUGAGCAAAAGUGCCUUGUGCGUCUGCCUACAGUGGCUUCAAAUGACAGUAAGUCCUGAUGUCACAGGUCACUCCCUGUCCGCUGUUCCACGGGUUUUCCGUGCUUUCCACAUUCUUCGCAUUUACAGGUAAAGUCGAGCCACAGAGUCCGCAGUUGCGAUACCGAAUCGACCAGCGACGCCCUUUGUGUGGCCCACUACUUCCUGCCUCUGCCCCCAGAAGAGAAAUUUCAUUGAAAAACAAUUGAAAAAGGAAGAAGAACAGACCCUGGACUGGAGGUUUGGGUGGAACACCGGCGUCUUCAGGAUUCUGGCGUCUGGUUCGUGUGCCGUGGGGAAUGGGGCCUGCUCCACCUCUACCUGUACCGACCCCGCGACCCCCUGCGUGUUGCCUGCCGCCUUCCUGCUGUUCUCGCGCCACGAGCACAUUGGCCUCAUCUUGACCGAGUACAAGGUCAACAACGGGGGCUGCUCCCACCUGUACCUGGCCUAACCCGGCAGACGGGGCAUGACUUGUGCCCCACCCACUACCAGUUGGCCGAGGACGGGGUCUCCUGCAAGAACUACAUCAUCUUCAGCCAGAGGAACAGCUUCGGCCGACUGCUACCGAACACGACACACGAACCCGAAUAUCCGCGCCGUGGACUAUGAUCUGUUGCUAUGGACCUGCUCCUACUCCAACAGCAUUAACAUGACCAUUCGCACAACUGUGUUCCUAAAACGUUGCCUCUUUUAGCUUCCUGGCUGAAUUCGUAGGCGUCAACGAUACCGGGGACUCGGAAAAACCUCGCACCAUUGCCACCUUAGGGAGAUUUUGUACUGGCUGGAGGACAAGACCGGAGUGGAACGGAUCACUGUCAACGACGUUAUUCCGUGGAGCUGCAUCGUCUGUCGCAGUUCACCGACAUCCGGGCCGUGUGGACACCGGAUGCGCAAGUGCUGCACAAUCACACGGCACAGUUGCCCAAAUUGUUUCCAAAACUGCAUAGCCAGAGGGGUGUGACACGCGGCACGCGCGACGUCUGCUCGUGCCCCAUGCAUCUGAUGCUACUAGAGGACCAGGAGAACUACGGCGUUUGUCCGGACUGUGGGCCAGAUCAUAUCACGUGCACGGCCCCAGUGACGGGGAAUGGUGACAUGAAUAAGUACAAGUCUGACUGCCCGGACAAGUCGGAUGAAGUGGGAUGUCCCAUAUGACUGUCAGUUCAGCUGCCAGUCCGGCGGGUGCUUCGACAAGGCUCUGAUCUGCGAUGGUACCACCUGUGACAACUGUGAGAAUGUCCACGAUGAGGCCGACUGCUGCAAGCUGCCAGGAGACUUUCAAUGUGCCAUGGUACAGACGAUUUGCCUGCCUCGGAUAUUCUUGCGCACCGAGCAGGAUGAAGAAGGAGCGGAAAGACUCGGUCAAAUAAAACAAAAGCAAGGACUAAAAACUAGCCAAUGAACCACCCAUGCGGCCGGCAAGCCAAACCAUGGUCAAAAGGGACAAAUCUGCCAAGGGAAACGGCUUUGACAUGGAUAGUUCUAAUUCAAUACCCUAUAAAUAUGUAUAUAAGCAAAUAGUCGACUUACGCCAUGAUGUCAGGUUUCAAAUGGGAAAAGAUACUAAAAAAAGCCGAACAGUAAAAAAUCUUAUUUCAAAUUAAUCCAAGACGUUUACUGAAUAUCCCAUUAUUUCCUUUUCUCCACCACAAACGAACCAUGUCAAAAUAAAUAAUAAAUAAGUAAUAAAUAUAAUUGUUGUAAUCUUACCAAACCCCAGGCCGGCCUAUCCGAGGCCUGCUGCCUAUUGACAUCUGCAAGAUGCUUACAGAAAAUCAGGGAACGGAACCAUUA